GGGGCGCCGCACUGCUCUGCUACAAGUUCAUCCCAGUGGCUCUCUUGCUGCAGCGUGAGAAACAGUCUUGACACACGACCCGUUGCGGAACAACACACAGGACACAAACUCACUUUCUCUGUUUCUAGGGGUAUAUUUGUUUGAAAAUAAUCUCAUUCCGUCAUUCUUUUUUACUUUGAAUGAAAAAGAAAACGUUUAUUUAAGUGAUAUAUAAAGCUGGUAAUAAUUGUGGAUCGCGGUGGGAUUGAAAAGGCAGGCGACAGGCGCUUCACUGAGUGAUUUGUUCUUUGGGUCUGGCGUUACAGAUGGAGAGAGGGAGUGCACAUUUCAGAGGAGAUCGCUUUCCGAUAGCGCGUAUGGAUUGAAUGGAAAUGCGGAAUUGAGGCGGAAGGCAUUCUUGAUUCUAGCGGAGGAAUUAUGCGAAAAUCCAACGGGAAAAUACAACUAUAUGUUUUAUCUCUAAUUGAAGGGGGUUGAUUUAUAACGCAUGUGGUUGACAUAGCCAACCUAAAUGGUGCAUUAGUAUAUAUAUCAACUUGCCACGCAAUUGGUUACAGUGCGUAGUCAUAGUCUUAGAGUGUAUUGUAAAAUCGAAAAAUAAAUUAAACUAUAUAUUUUUUUAUCAGGUCAAAGAAUGGGAAUAUAGCACCACUAUAACCAGUCUUAGUACUUUACACGAGUAGGCAUUGUUUUCCUCUAUUGGAAACUAAUUUAAAUAUUUUGGAUUUUGAAGAAAUGGCAAUCAACAUAGACACUGAAUUCGAGAAAUCUAACCUGGGAGAGAGCGGUCGCGCACCCGCCAACGAGUCUCAGGAGACGGAGAAACUUCUCAGCCCCGUGACCACCGAGCCCGCUGGCGGCAACGGUAUGAAAAUGUCCUCCUCCUUCACAGUCAACGUGGGGAGCGACAAAAACCUGGAUGUAGAUCAGAACGGCCACAGUUUGCCCUUUAGGUCGGGCUCUGCAGGGCACCUUGCUGCUGCCCCCCUUUCCCCGUCCCGGGUCAGUUUGAGUCGCAGUUGCACAUCUUCCAUCGGAAACGCCGCGGUCCAAGAAGCGCAAAAGCCCAAAGACUACCUCAUACUGGUCAUAUUGUCCUGCUUCUGCCCUGUCUGGCCCGUCAGCAUUGUUGCUUUGUUAUUUUCAAUUAUGUCAAGAAACAGCCUGCAGUCGGGAGACAUGGACGGCGCUAAGAGACUGGGUAAACUGGCUCGACUCCUCAGUGUCGUUUCCAUAUUCCUGGGUGUGCUCAUCAUAGUCGUCUCUGUAACGGUCUCUGUAACCAAGUGACCAGUGUAUAUACUAUGAAACAAGAGCACUGCUGCAAGCCAAGCAGAGGAUGCAGCAUGGAAAAAAAUAUAUAAAUUCCAUUGAUUCCUGAGAUGAAAAAAAAAUAUCAUCACCUGCUCAACACUGUAAUCAAGAUCAAGGCAAAAAAUGUAAAAGUUUAAAGAAGAGUAGGAAAUGCAGUAGGAAAUACACUAGCAAAUGAAUAAACCAAAGCAAAAAUAUCCAGAUAUGCAUGAAUUAGAUUACAUUUGCUUGAUGAAAAAUAAAAUCCUUAACUUAAAAAGGGUUUCAAAAGAACGUUGGACGAUUGACUUUUGGUUUGAGGGACUUGCUACUCUCAUUCGAUUCUCUGUGGAGUAAAAAUAGUCUUAAGAUGAAGAAGAGAGGGAUGAACAGAGGAAUAAAGUGAUCCAAACUUUUCUGUAUCAAGAAUGGAAGGAGACCUUGAAAAUGGACUCCAAACAUCAAGACAGCUGAAUAAUAACCUAAAUAUAUACCUAGUUGGCCUGACCGCCUGCAUUGAAAGCAUAUACAACUAUACAGAUAUAUUUGCAAUAUAAGUAUAUACAGAUUAAUAUAUCAAUUCACAUUUUAUAAAAGUUGUGUAUGUUGGGCUACGAUGAUUGAGACUUAAGUUAAGAUGGCUACCUGGCCGGCAGUGGCUGUCGCCUACUAUGGUUUGCCGAAGGAUGUAAUAUUUGAUCAGGGAACACAAUUCAGAGAAGAUGUUUUUGAAUUUAUGUUUUUUUUUUUUGUAGGUUUUUGACAAAAAUAAGAGACCACUUGCAUGCAUGUCUUGACUUGUAGAUAGCCAACCUUUUUAAUUUAGUUUGUGAAUUCAUAUUUGUUUGUCUGUGUUUUUACCUUGGGAUAUAACGAGCCAGUUGCUUAGAGCCUUUGGAGAGUGAAUUGAACAUACUGUGAGUGUUUCGGCUCCAUGUGGGUUGACUGUGGGUAAGGACAGAAACAGAAUACCCCCCCUUCAACCCUCUUCUCCCCUGCCUUGCUGUGGGAGAGGUCUGACUAUAUUAAUGCGCAUGCCUACCCACCCCAUCCCCUCCAAACAUCCAUGCCAGAACAUGGGCAUUAGUCUGAGAAUAUUCAAUUUGUCAGAACCAUCACUGUCCCCUUCCCCACUGCCCCCCCUCCAAUUCCAACCCACCCUACACCAGUACCUGGUCUCAUUACCUGGACUGUUAAUGUAACUUGUUUCACUGAAUGUAUUUUGUAGUACUACAGAGACCAACACCAAUCCUUAACCUAUUGCCACCGUGCUGUAUCGGUAUGACAUGUAUUUAUAUGAAGAAUAUAUAUGCAAUAUUAUAUAGGCAGGCAUGCUUUGGGCUAAACGGUACCCAGGUUUUCGUAUGUCAUUGUAAGGACCCACUGUAACGUUAAAGGAACAUUGUUUUGAGGUUUGAUUGAUUGAUUUGCAGCAGUUCUCUCUGUACCUGUAACACACUCAUUUGUCUGUAUUCAAAUGUGUCACCAUGCCAUCUGGAAGUCUGGGAGUAGACGGCUGCAUUUGUCAUACAGUAGGAGUAAACGGCAGAGGAGAGAGA